AACUUCCGGCGUGAGCGGCGAAAGCCGGGAGGGCGAGCGAGAAAGCUAGCAGCCAGCAGGCGGGCGGGUGGCCGGCCGGCACGGAGGGAGGGAACGAGCAAGCGGUGAGCAAGCCAGCGAGGGCGCCCGGGUCCCGAGGGCAGCGGAGAUUCCUCAGGCCCCUCCGGUGCCCUCCCCGGAGCCCACAGCACCUCCGGCACCCAGCGGAGCGGACACGGCCCGGCCCGGCCAUGGCCUCGUUGCUGAAGGUGGAUCAGGAAGUGAAGCUCAAGGUUGAUUCUUUCAGGGAGCGAAUCACAAGUGAGGCAGAAGACUUGGUGGCAAAUUUUUUCCCAAAGAAGUUACUAGAACUUGAUAGUUUUUUGAAGGAACCAAUCCUAAAUAUCCAUGACCUAACUCAGAUCCACUCAGACAUGAACCUCCCAGUCCCUGACCCCAUUCUCCUCACCAAUAGCCACGAUGGACUGGAUGGUCCCACUUACAAGAAGCGCAGGUUGGAUGAAUGUGAAGAGGCCUUCCAAGGAACCAAGGUGUUUGUGAUGCCCAAUGGGAUGUUGAAAAGCAACCAGCAGCUUGUGGACAUUAUUGAAAAAGUAAAACCCGAGAUUCGGCUGCUGAUUGAGAAAUGUAACACGGUCAAAAUGUGGGUUCAGCUGUUGAUUCCCAGAAUAGAAGAUGGGAACAACUUCGGGGUGUCAAUUCAGGAGGAAACAGUUGCCGAGCUAAGAACUGUUGAGAGUGAAGCUGCAUCUUAUCUGGACCAGAUUUCUAGAUAUUAUAUUACAAGAGCCAAAUUGGUUUCUAAAAUAGCUAAAUAUCCCCAUGUGGAGGACUAUCGCCGCACUGUCACAGAGAUUGAUGAGAAAGAAUACAUCAGCCUCCGGCUCAUCAUCUCAGAGCUAAGGAAUCAGUAUGUCACUCUCCAUGACAUGAUCCUGAAAAACAUCGAGAAGAUCAAACGGCCCCGGAGCAGCAAUGCAGAGACACUGUACUGAGGCCGGGGCCAGGGGACUUUGUGAGUCUGGCUCAAGACCGACAUUGCCUUGGUUUGUUACAUGACUAUCGUGAUGGGGAAACUGGCUGGAAAUAGUAAUCACACCUCUCUGUUUUUAGUUAGAGUCUAAUGAAACUCUCAUCUAGUUCUGUGACGUGUUUACCUCUUUUUUCAGGCCUCAGGAACUCUUCUAUCUCCUUCCCCACCCCCACCCAGCCUGUCCUAAUUUCUGGAGAACUCCAGGUUUGUGCAACAUACUGGCACAAGAGUAAUUGUGGGUUUUUGUUUUUUCUUCCUUUCGCUCCCUCUUCCCCUGUUUUAGGUUUUGUGUUUUCUUCCUUUUGACAAUUAGUUGGUUAAAAGCUGGAGGAACUAACUAUAGGGAGAGUGUUAGGUGUCUUUUAGGAACAGGGGGAGUGGAGGUGGAAGUCACAAGGCUAGUGUCUCGUUUCUGUGGGACUUUGGGUCCUCCCUGCCUGCCCUGGUGAUGCCUUAGGGCUUUUCACCUACAUCCAUCCCGCCCUGAGCCUGACCGUGGCGAGGGGUCCCCUAGGCCUUCACCUGCAUCCCUGCAGCUUCUUUGGAUGUUUUUAUUACUGGGGUUUUCACAUACACAUGUGUACACAUGUACACGCACAUAGGAACAUGUAUACAUGCUUCCUGCUCCAUUAUAGAUCAUAACUUCCUUCCUGCACCACCUCUCCCUCAAGCCCUUCACAUAAAAACAGGUGAUAGUUGUCUUAGUCAUCCACCCAGGCAAAAGUCCCAGGCCCACCCUCUUCUGAUAAUGUAGCCGUUGGUGCCAGGGUAAGUUGAAGGAGACCCAAGAGCCGAGCAGCAGAGGGCUCAUGAAGGCCUUCCCUCUGUGGCUCAGGUUCUUUUUGGUGUUAUGCAAAAGCUGGCCCUCUGGCCCCCACUUGUCCUUCUCCUAGGCUAGCAUGUGCGCUGGCUGGGGAGCGGUCAGCUGUGAGCUUGGAGGCCGCUGCUCCUCCUCGCUGUGCUUUCCCUUGGGAAAUACUUCUCGCCUUUAUAGUAUUGUGCUUCCAGGGAAAGCAGGAAUUCAUGUGUAUAUGUGUGUGCACAUACACACGUGCACAUGUGUGUGUUCGUGUGUGUAUUAAUAUGCUGCGAAGGUCAAACCCAUAGAAGAGUUGCCUCCUCUCUUGAAUCUUGCAGAGAUGUCACUUGUUAAAGCGUUUUGUACUAACCGCACUAGCCCCCAGCUUUUUAAGUGAGAGUUGGUCUCUGCAGUUGGUCUGCCAGUGACUGACUCUGUGACUGUCUGACUUUUAUUCCUCUCCGUCUUCCAACCCUAAAUCAUAUUUCCACCUGGGAUGCAUCACUUUCACUCCCAGCAUUCUAUAGGAAAGGAGUCGGGCUGCUCUCUUCCCAUGAAUAGUGCUCAGUAACAAACCAAUCGCAUUUUCGUUGGGCAGUGCGCCUACCCACUCUCGGAUCCCUUCCAGCUGAGCCCCCCCACCACCACGUGUUUCUCGGUUUUCCUUUUUGUUUGAUUGUUCCUCUGCCCCUCCUUCCUUGGAUUGUAAUGUAAAAUUCUUUUACCAUGUCAAGAAAUUAUUAAAAAUACAGGUACUUUGACCUCUUUCUAAAGCUGCA